CGUCUGCCCUUGUUAAUUACCAGCAACACAGACCUGGGGGCUCCGCUCGGGAUUUGCCCGCCCGCAAGCAGCUCUAGGCGCCCGUUUUCUCCCUCAUCUCUCUCGCCGCUGUCCAGGUGCACCGCCUGAUUCACCGCAGAGGAUGGACAUGAUGGACGGCUGCCAGUUCUCGCCUUCCGAGUACUUCUACGAGGGCUCCUGCAUCCCGUCCCCCGAGGGCGAGUUUGGGGAUGAGUUUGAGCCACGAGUGGCUGCCUUCGGGGCUCAUAAAGCAGAGCUGCAGGGCUCAGACGAGGACGAGCACGUGCGAGCGCCGACAGGCCACCACCAGGCCGGCCACUGCCUCAUGUGGGCCUGCAAAGCAUGCAAGAGAAAGUCCACCACUAUGGAUCGACGGAAGGCAGCCACCAUGCGCGAGCGGAGACGUCUGAAGAAGGUCAACCAGGCCUUCGAGACUCUCAAGAGGUGCACCACGACCAAUCCCAACCAGAGGCUGCCCAAGGUAGAGAUUCUCAGGAAUGCCAUCCGCUACAUAGAGAGCCUGCAGGAGCUGCUGAGGGAACAGGUGGAGAACUACUACAGCCUGCCGGGACAGAGCUGCUCUGAGCCCACCAGCCCCACCUCCAACUGUUCGGACGGCAUGCCCGAAUGUAACAGCCCUGUCUGGUCCAGAAAAAGCAGCAGUUUUGACAGCAUCUACUGUCCUGAUGUACCCAAUGUGUAUGCUACAGAUAAAAGUACCUUGUCUAGCUUGGAUUGCUUAUCCAGCAUUGUGGAUCGGAUCACCAACUCAGAGCAACCUGGAUUGCCUCUCCAGGACCCGGCCUCUCUCUCACCAGUGGCCAGCACCGACUCUCAGCCCGCAACUCCAGGGGCCUCUGGUUCCAGGCUCAUCUAUCACGUACUAUGAACUAAAAUCUAGUCUAGAUCAGUUCUGCCCAGAGGGCCUAUUACACAGGAGGAAGGAGGCCUCAAAAGUCCGAAAGCAAGACAACGUGCAUACAAAGAUUUCCUUGCAGUUGUAAAUUUGUAAAUAUUAUCUUGCCACUUUAUAAGAAAGUGUAUUUAACUAAAAGCGAAAAAGUCACCUUUGCAAUUAAUACAUUAUUAUUUCCCUCCUCCUUCUUCUUUGCUUUAGAUACUAUUAGUUUCAGUUAUAUUACUUCUAAUAGGAGGCAACUCACUGAAGGUAGCUUAUUGCAACGCUUAACUUAAGUUUUUUUUAAAUAAAUAUUGCUUAUCAAGAUAUUAUCUCUGGUAUUUAGAUCUUUAUUUUUUCCUUCAAAACAUUAGAACAGCUGAAAAUCAGUUUCAGGAAGCUUUAAAUAUAUUUAACUAUUGUUUUUC